UGAAUGAAGAGUAAGAGUAGUAAUAAUAAGUGUAUGUAGGAUAGCGGAUACUGCUGCAUUUUAUCCAAACUCCACUCACUCUAUACUCUGUUUGCUUCUCAUUCAAUUCGAUGGCGUCCACUUUCUUCUCCGCUCCGUCACUAUGUUCUUCCUCUUCUUCAAUGUUUUCUACGCCGCUUAAAUUAUCCUUAAAGCCGAGUAGUGUCUCUAUUAUUCCAACCCUUCAAAACAAAAACCCCCUUUCCCUUCCCACCACUCUUCUUUCUCCAACUACAACGCGCUUCAGAAUCACUGCCAUGGCUCCCCCCAAGCCUGGUGGUGGCAAAGCUAAGAAAGUUAUUGGAGUCAUAAAGCUGGCUCUUGAAGCCGGGAAGGCUACGCCGGCUCCACCAGUUGGACCGGCUCUUGGUUCAAAGGGUGUUAAUAUUAUGGCUUUUUGUAAGGAUUACAAUGCUAGAACCGCUGAUAAACCCGGUUAUGUUAUUCCUGUUGAAAUCACUGUUUUUGAUGACAAAAGUUUUACUUUCAUAUUGAAGACACCACCUGCUUCUGUUCUACUGCUUAAGGCUGCUGGGGUGGAAAAGGGUUCGAAAGACCCCCAGGCACAAAAAGUAGGAAAAGUCACAAUUGAUCAGUUGCGUACAAUUGCUUCUGAGAAGUUGCCAGACUUGAAUUGCACGACUAUUGAAUCAGCUAUGAGAAUUAUAGCAGGCACUGCAGCAAAUAUGGGAAUUGACGUUGAUCCUCCUAUUCUUGAGCCCAAAAAGAAGCAACUUCUGUAUUGAUUUUUCAAUUUUUUCCCCAAGUGUAAGAAAGUCCUUGCGAUAAUAGAUCACACAGGAAAUUUUACUGUACUCUGUUGUCUUCUAAAUCAGCAAAUAGAACAUUUGAUUUCAACUAUUCCGUAUUACUUCAAUGAUAUUUAUAUAUAUGAUCACAUCAUUAAUAUCAGCCUCAGAUUUGGUGUUUGGUGUGGUUUUUUAUCU